UUUUUCGUUUCUAGGGUUUACGAAACCCUAACCCGCAGUUGCAGAAACCGAAACUUCAAAUCCAAGAAAAAUGGGAGGUAAGUGCCCACACAGAAGCGUCAAGAAACGAAGAUACUCUCACAAGACUCACCGCCGCGCCAAAUUCGAAAUCAAAGGCGACGAUAUGGUGUAUGAUGGUCUGAAGAAGGCAGAAGACGGGGCGAAGCCAUUGCCUCAGGACCAGGACCUUCCUGGGAUGGGUCAGUACUAUUGCCUACACUGCGACCGAUACUUUAACAACGCAUCGGUGAGGGACGAUCAUUUCAAGACGAAGCGUCACAAGAAGCGCGUUAAGAUAAUGAUGGGGGAUGCACCUCACACUCAGCUGGACGCUGAUUUAGCUGCUGGGAUGGGUAUGCCGGAUAAUGGUCCCAAGCUUAUGUCAUUUUGAGCUUUCUGUUUUUUGUUUUAUUUUAUGUUCCUCGUAGCAGAAGAUACAUGAAACAUGCCGCUGUUGUAAGAAGGAUCUCUUUUUAUCUAUAAUGAUAUAGAUGUUACUUGGUGAA